AAAUUUGCCGUCUAAAAUACAAGCAUUAGUUCGCAAAUGAGUCACUUUCCCACUUUUUACGCACGAUCCCUCAUGAUUUGGAGCCGCACCGCGGUGCAGUGGCUGGCCGUGAGGCAGUGUCUGAAGGCAGCGGAGAGCUUUUCCUUUCUGGUACAUUUCACACCUCCUGGUGUUAUAUUUGAAAGACAACGCCGCGCAUUUUUAUCUCGUUCUUUGUUUUCAACAAGACAAGGCGUUUGACCCGCUUUCUUGGGCCCUGGGUCUCCGUCAACCGAACGACACCCGCACUGCCUCGGCAGGGCUGGCACAGGUCAAGUUCCGCUCACUGAGGCGUGCCUCUCCAAACUCGAUAUAUAUAUGUACUUGCCCGUGUUUUUCUUCUGUAUGACUUCGAUUUUCUUCAGACACUGAACGAACAAUCUUAUGUCAUCGCUGUUUUCCGUGGAGCUUCAUAGAGUUGUCUGGCGGUGGGAUGUGUAACAUAGUCGGAAACCACACCUUUUGUGUUAUUAUCUGAAGAUCUGGUAGUGUUUGGCUUGAUGAUGGAUGUUCAGUCGUUUAUCAGCGGGCUCGCUGGGGGUGUCCAGAAGCCCAUUCCCACCCAAGAGAUGCGAUUGUUUAUGCAGCAGCAACGCGCUGCGGGACCACCGGCAGCUGCGACCGUUCUCCAGGAACCGCGGGUAUGGGCUCAGCAACACCACACGCAGGCCCAGAAUUCCCUGCCCUUCCAUGGUUGCACAAACGGAGCCGGGAGUUUUCAGCCCUUUUACCCGCAACAUUCUGGUCUCUCGGGUGACCACGCAUCAUUUCACCUGAACCGCCAACCGGCGACGGCCAUCGGUGUGCCCUGGAUGUCUCAAUGCGGCAUGCCAAACGGCCAACGGGCAAACGGUUAUUGCUUGCCCAACCACUACAAUAAUCCAAUCGCUGAUUCCAAACCUGCUGUUUCAAACGAGUGUAGACCGACACCACUUCCCGCGCCAGCUACCACGACGUCGCCGUGCGUUCAAGCGCGGUCAGUUGCCGGAGCAGGCGGUUCUCAAAGUUUUGAAGGACGGAAGAGCACAAGUCUCGAAAACCCUUGGCAAGACGCUCCCCGCACCACAAGUCAAAUCCAGCGCGAGGCUUCGCCCUCUUUCCGCCACUUCGACUUGAAGGAACCCAUGGCGAUGAUGGAUGCGAAUCAACCCUGUCAAGUGUACGCUUCGCAAAGCAGUACUCCUCCGUCGGUUACGCACAUACGGCAUGAAGCAGAUCCUGUGAACAUGUCGUCUGUCGUGAUCUGCAAGCCGACUCUGGCCGCUGACCGAACUCUGCCAAGAGCCCAACGAAUUCCUGGAGUGCUCAAUCAAACGGAAUGUGGCAGGCCACAAGCACCAGACACCACGCCUCAUAGAAGACUUCGGUCGUCUUCGGCUCUCCCUCUGCAGUCUUCAGGCUCGCCUGACACUCCGAAUUCCGUUUUGGGAGCCAGUCGUCGUUCUCUGUCCUCUUCUGGGGCGAGAACGCGCAUGAACCAAAACGAUGGGUCGGACUGGACGGCCGCUCAGGGCGACGACAGUGUAAAGACGGCUGAGCAGGCGCCUAGCGGGCAUGGCCGUCUAAUAGAGUCGGCUGUCGAGACCUUGCCCAGUGUGAAUCCUCCGCGACCGAACUUGUCGAGCAGUACACGACUACAAUCAUAUGAACAGUGUGUCUCUGAAGAAUCUGCAGGGGCUCUUGCAGCCGACACAUCGGGAGUUACGGCCGGCAGUCGCAAGCCUACGAUGAACGCACAGAGAAUUGCCGGAAGUCGCCGGCCAGCCCCACGCACUUGUGCAUCUGUGGGAACAAUAAACCCGCGCAACGUGUCAAACAUUGGAGAAAAGUACAAGGAUCGACUUUUGAGCAGCAACGCGGAAAGAAAAUGUUCUCGGCCCGAGAUGCGAAAGUCGCUGUGGGAGGCGAACACCAAGACAAGGGUGUGUCCGACUACGUCUGCCUUGCCUCGCUCUGAUAUUGCAGCCCCGGUGACUGCCAACCCAACUCACAAGUCGAAAGCCUCACCGAAUUCGACCGUCCGUGGUAGUGCUCUGAGUGGAGGCCGUUCCCGAGGAAAUCGUGGCCUGAACGUCCGCUCAAGCUCUAAGGAGUCGGAGGCUUCUGACACCAAAAUGUUGGGAGAGGUCAAACCCCCGACGGCGGGUGCUUUGAGUACAGAUCAGAGUCGCCUGGCAGCGCUCUCACGGGCAGCAGUCGCCCCUGGCAAAGCCCUUCCUAGAGGGGUCCAAAAGAAUCCUAGUAAUCCACUACUUACCAGUGACAGUGGACGGGAAACUGCUCUGACGGAAAAAAUUCCCCCGUCCCGGCGGGGCAUUCCGACGCUGACCCGACUAGAGCUUGGAAAGCACAGUCGCAGCACCGACAGACGUCACAGUGAUCUGUCAGCUAGCCACGGUCGCCUCCCGCCACUCAGUGGAAAGGUUGACGGAGACGAAUGUGACAUUGGUGAGUCGUACGCGCGCCGGCGCCGAUACUCGAUGCUUCGUCGUGGAACUGUCUCAUCACCUGUAUCGCGACUCGUCUCAGCUGAAGGGAACAGCCGCACCGCCGCCCGCUCUGGAACUGGCACUCGACCCCGACCAGAAACCGUGGCCGAGAGAGCUCCCAGACGUCCUGGCCUCAAUUCCAUUCUUCGCAACAGCAACGGAACAGACUCUCUGAAAACUCGCACAUUUGGCGCCAGAAGUGGUGUAUUGAGGGCAGCGGCAUCUCGGAAACAGUCAGCCGGUGUUCCUUCAGGAAAUGUGGAGGGAAACAGGUCACGCGAAAUUUCAAGUACCGUGGGAGGACGCCGGCUCGAAUCAGGAGAUAGUAAAAGCACUGGAGGGACUUCGAGGUCGACAUCUUCCCUCGAAUCUGCCGUCCUCCCGGAAGUGUCACUGCCUCAAGAUGACGACACGCACUCUGAUCUUUGUGGGAAAGUUCGCGACGCACUUCUUCAGGGGUCUGGCAUGGAGGAAAGCAGACUGGAAAACAGUGUUCGCUUUUCCAGGUUUGAGUCUGGGCUGGAUGAGGAACCCAACAUCGAUGAGGACGAAGUGGUUCUCUCGGGACACAGUGACGUGACUACGGGACCGUUUUUGGGGAUCGAAGUGCUUCACGAAGAUCGCCGACAUAGCAAACCUGCAAGUGACUCGCAAACAACGUGUCUGCAUCCCGAUUACAGAAGGACCCGAAGUCUCCCAGGCGAGGAGGAGAUGAAAGGGGGGGCAGCGUUAAAUGAGACGCGAAUGAUGCAGGCUUGUGGAACGGUGAUGCCUCCAAACAGAAAGACUCAGAACUCCACCAUGCCCGCCGUUAUGAAAGAUGAAACGACCGUCCAGAGCACGACACCGUCGGAAGGCGCGGCGAUGUCGGAGAGAUCCACAUCUGUAUCGCGGGGCGGAUGCAGCACUCCUCCCCGAAGCGUCAGCGACGUCAGCGGUCCUCAAACUUGGGAAGUGAGCAGUGCCGCAGUCACACCUGUGGUUGAAGAUGUGGUGCUCGACGACGCGUCGGUGACUGUUGUUCCCGGACGAACAGGGGCAGCUGCUGGCGUGGGUAUCACCAAGCAGGGACUUCUGCGGGAAGCGCCUUUGGUCAGUGACCACGAGGCGAUUUCCCAACCGGAGAGGGACUCUGCAACGAUGAGUCUCGACAGAGAAGCGGCAGAAUUCACGACAGGGGAACGACGCAGAGAGACUGUCUCUGCUGUCACUGAAGCAGCGCAUAUACUAACGAGCAACUCGUGUCACGUUCCGGGGCGAGAGAGUCGCGGAAAAAUAAACCAAGCGGCCGGCAAUCCGUGCCGCCCCGGGGCUGUGACACAUCAGCAGCCAGGAGUCGAAGAAUCAGCAUAUUACAGCCAGGCUCAAUCAGAUGUGUUGAUUGCAAGCGGCGCACACCAUUUAAGUGCUCCGCGAGAACAGAUGUCGCUGCCGGUUGAGCAAAACACCGCAGAAAUCACUGACCAGGCCUGUGCCAAAAGAAGCAAGACACCGAAUGAGAAGGGCGAAGUCCGGCCUUCCACUUUGAGUGUCGAACCUUCUGCUGAAUGUGCCAAGGACCAGCAGAAUCCGGGCAUCUUCCCACAGGCAGCUUCCAAAGCGCCUACAGGAGCAUGCGUCUCACCGUUGGAAGCCUCAGCUUCCAUCCCAGACAGUGCGUCCGCAGCAGCGCAACACGCACAAGCGGAGGAGCAGCUUCGGCAGCAAGUGCGAGCCAAAAUCGAGCACAAAUUUAGGCAACUGCAGGAUGAACAGCUCCGUCAACAUUGCCUAGCGCAACAGCAGCAACAAUUAUUGCAGCAAGUGAAUCUGCGAAAGAAAGAGGCCCUCCAGCAGGCGGAGCAAAGGGCUCAGAUGGUGCAACAACAAAUUCAUACGCAAAAAUUGGGUCAAGGACUCGUGAAGGUCAGCCAAGUUCAACCAGGCACUUCAGUGACCGUGCCGGGUCCCGUCAAUCACCAACACCCCAAUCUCCAGCGACCUGCCGUUCACCACCUAGCUGGAAUAGCCCAACCACAAGGGAUAGGGGAAAGUGCCAAAAGUCUCACAGGAUACCCCAAUUUACGCCAACUUAGUGGAGUCCACCAGGAACCGCAGCAGCGAGUCGUUCUGCGCCCAGCCGUUAGUGAGCAGCAACUUCGCCGACCGACUCUGUCACAUUCCCCUGCCCGGAGAGCGGUUCCGGAGCAAGAACGGCGUGUCGGUGGCGAAACACAGCAGAGUAAUAUCGCGUCCCACGAGGCCGCUGCCGGACAGGCGAGGGCUGCGGAACUUCAGCGACGUCUUGAGAUCGUUCGUGAAACGAAUAUCUUGCGAGCUUUCUACUCCAGCGCCGAGGUUCGAACGCCGGCCUUCGCCGUCGCGGCAAUGGAGGAAACACACCUCGACUGCCAUGGUGACCGUGAUCCACACCGCCCUCUUCGUGCUCCAUCAGCCAAGGGGGAACCUCUGUCGGCGUUGGCGAGGCGAUAUCUUCACUCUCAGAGCCUCACCGCGUCUGCUUGCCACCCAACUGGUAGACAGGAACACGAGGCGUUUGUUCGGGAGCUCUGGUCGGAGAAGCACCGCACCCAGCAAGACGAGCUGCGGCGCAAUCUCGCCUUGUACCAGCAGGGCCGUCCAAACGGUCUGGCUGCUGCUGGAAUCGACCCAGCCGCCGCAUUCAACGCCCUCCGAGUGAGCGAGACUGCAUUCCAGCAACCUACUGCAGUCUCAUUCGUUGGUCCCUGUCCCACUGCUGGUGCACCCCUGCCGAUGACCGGAGCCGGUUCAAUUGAAGAACCGUUCCCCCUCGUGGCUCCGUCAAGCUUGGCGAGACCUGGACCAUCUCCGCUUUCUGCGGGCAUGUGCCACUUGCCUAUGGGAGACAAAGGACGUGCAGAUGUGUCUCCCAUGGCAAAUUUAUCCCGUUUUGUACGGGAGCGACAUGUGGUUGCUCAUCCGGUUGUUGCGGUUGGGAACCACGUGCCUAUGUGAGUCUCCGUUGUGCGUGCGUUCGAGCGAAGAUUUCACCAAGAGGCAGGGGCGCCUGGGUACAUCGAAGGGCCAGGGCCUCGUUCUGUCUAUGCCUCACACCUUACCAUGGCGGGGUAGCGAAGGCACCCCCCGAAACUUUUGGCUGCGUUGGUGAACACUCCUUCCGCUGAGG